AUGUUAAGUGGAUUCUGGAUACAAGCAUUCCUCACUGUAGUCUGUGUAUUUCUUUUAUACACGCUUUCAAAGAUUAUAAGAUACCUCACUGGCGAUGCGAGGGUAUUGUCGUCACCAAACUCAGCUGGUUCAAACCGACGUCGACUUGGUCAUUUCGAAGAAAUUUUCGAUAUGCUUUCCCUGGAUAAAUCUGGUAGCACAAAUAUAUGUGUGUCGAUAUCAACAACAUCAAAACAGAGCCUGGUAUACCAGCACGUAUACGACGCUCUGGUGCUGUUAUCCAAACGACAGCCGAUGCUUCGAGCAGUGAUUGCAACUAUGGCGAACGGAGAUAGAUAUUUCGAAAUCAAGGAAAUCAAUGAAGUGAUUACAAUGUUAGACAUUACUACUUCUGAUGUAAAUGCUUCUGACUGGCAAAGUGUUUGGUUUGAAUAUACAGUAAAACCGAGAGGAAAUGGUCUGUUAUGGCGAGUCGUAAUAUUACAAGAGGAAUUCAUGCAGGAUACUAAGGAUUAUGCAAAUACCUUAAUGUUUAACUUCAACCAUUCCUGUAUUGAUGGCGUGUCCUCUGUGAAGUUUUGCGAGCAAUUUCUUAAUUAUAUGAAUAAACUUGGAAACGGUACCAGCUCUGCUGACGAAGAAAUCUCGAGCCUAGAUCUGCUGCCAUAUUACCACGAAAUAGUCACACGAGGUCGUAUUUGGCAUUCAUUGUUUAAUUUUAUACUGGUUUAUUAUGGCCUAAAACCGGUCAUGAAGUUUUGCAUGGAAAAAAUGUUGAAUCGUGUUAUACAAAAGAGGCCGAAUAAUCCGUAUCAUGCACAGUUUCCUCGGAACUCAGAAAUUUCUACUGUCGUACCAUGCAAGCAGCAACAUCUACGUUUUCCCCACCUUUAUCUGAACGUACCCUUGACGGAAGUCCGAAUUCUGCAACACUUUCAAGAAACAAUUGCAGAACAGUUUCUGCCCUGUUGUUGUCGGAUGCUUUCAAGAAUAUAG